AUGUCAGAACCCAUCACACUCAAUGUUGGAGGAAAACUCUACACCACCUCUCUGUCCACCCUGACUAGCUUUCCAGACUCCAUGCUGGGGGCCAUGUUUAGUGGGAAGAUCCCAACCAAGAAGGACAGCCAAGGCAACUGCUUUAUUGACAGAGAUGGCAAAAUCUUCCGCUACAUCCUGAACUUCUUAAGAACUUCUCACUUGGACCUUCCCGAAGACUUCCAGGAAAUGGGUUUACUUCGAAGGGAGGUAGAUUUUUAUCAAAUCCAGCCCCUGAUUGAAGCCUUGCAGGAGAAGGAGGUGGAGCUGUCUAAAGCAGAGAAAAACGCCAUGCUCAACAUCACCCUUGAUCAGAAGACCCAGACCGUUCACUUCACCGUCCGAGAAGCACCCCAGAUCUACAGCCUGUCUUCCUCCAACAUGGAAGUGUUCAGCGCUCAUAUCUUCUCCACGUCAUGUCUGUUCCUGAAGCUCCUCGGUUCCAAACUUUACUAUUGCUUCAAUGGAAACCUCUCUUCAAUAUCCAGCUACCUGCAGGACCCCAACCAUUUGACCUUAGAUUGGGUUGCAAGCGUGGAAGGCCUUCCUGAGGAGGAGUACACCAGGCAGAACUUAAAGAGACUCUGGGUGGUGCCAGAUAAUAAGCAAAUCAAUAGUUUCCAAGUGUUUGUGGAAGAAGUGCUAAAAAUAGCCAUGAGUGAUGGUUUCUGCAUAGAUUCUUCUCAUCCACAUACUUCAGACUUCAUGAAUAAUAAGACUAUUCGCCUAAUUCGGUACAAGUAG